CACUCGGUAACCAGUAGCUAUAAACCACCAUCUCCAAUGCCAGCUGAUUGUCAACAAACAAAUGUCACGAAAAAACCGGAUUGAAAUCAAAACAAACGAGAAGCAAAAACUAUUUCAUCACAAGGUUUAAGUCAAUCAUCGAGCAAUAUACUGGCUGUAAAACUACAACAUGUGGCCUCUGAUUAUGCAAUUCCUGCGUUCCAAUGCGGCGUACAUCACGCUCCCGGUGGCAACUAUAGUUGGCGUGAUAGGUUACAACAUCGAGAGCCUCCUUUCGGACAAAUACACUCCGUACAGUCCUUCCAUUCAGGAGAAACGAGCAGAACGCAUUACCGAAGAUGAGAAGCUACGAGCGGCGACCAAUGUUGAGAAGCUAGUAUACAAAGAGAAUGUGCUCGGAAGAAACCUUUCGCCUUCCCUUGAAAGUGGGAAGUAGUUGUUGAUAUUGUAAAAUUAGUAGCUUUUCCUAGGCGAAGAGAGAGAGAGAGAGCAAUAAACGCGACCGUGUUGUUUUAUUUACCACUAUA